AUGAAUUCAGCCGAUUUAUUUAACGUCAAAGGAAAAGUUAUUUUAGUGACUGGUGGUGCAAAAGGAAUUGGAAGAAUGAUAUCAGAAGGCUUCGUCUGUAAUGGAGCCAAAGUUUACAUAUCAUCUCGAGAUGGAAAAGCCUGUGAUCAGGCCUGCAAGGAAUUAAAUGCGCUGGGCAGAGGUAGCGCUUACUCUCUUCCGGCAGACUUCUAUAAACUAGAAGAGUGCAAACGUAUGGCAGAUGAGCUCCAAGAGCGUGAGAGUGCGCUCCAUAUCCUUGUUAACAACGCAGGCUCUAAUUGGGGAGCCCCAUUCAAUGAAUUUCCGGAUAGUGCCUGGACACGAGUCUUGACGCUCAACCUGACUAGGGUUUUCACCAUUACGCAGAUGCUCACCCCUUUACUCGAAGCAGCAGCCUCGCCUGAAGAUCCGGCUCGCAUAAUUAACAUUGGCUCCAUUGAUGGGCUGCGCGUUUCGCCCCUAGAAACUUUUUCUUAUUCGGCCUCUAAAGCUGGACUACAUCAAUUAUCUCGCGUCCUCGCCAGUCACUUAGGCAAGCGUCACAUCACUAGCAACGUCUUAGCUUGCGGCCCAUUCGAGAGCAAAAUGAUGGCUGCAACCCUAAAAUCAUUUGGAGAAAUUAUUCAAAAUGGUAUUCCCCUUGGACGUAUUGGUACUCCAGAAGAUGUUGCAGGUGCCUGUCUAUUUUUAAGCGGUAGAGCUGGUGCGUUCGUUAAUGGUGCAACUAUCGCACUUGAUGGUGGAGCCCUAGUAAAUUCAAGACUUUAA